AUGACUGGAGAAACAGUGAAUCCAAAAGCAUACCCUCUGGCUGAUGCACAGCUUACAAUAACAAUAAUGGAUCUUGUUCAACAAGCUGCUAAUUACAAACAGCUCAAAAAGGGUGCCAAUGAAGCUACAAAGACACUUAACAGAGGCAUUUCUGAGUUUGUUGUCAUGGCGGCAGAUGCUGAACCGCUUGAGAUUCUUCUUCAUCUUCCUCUACUUGCCGAGGAUAAGAAUGUUCCGUAUGUAUUUGUGACAUCAAAACAAGCACUAGGACGAGCAUGCGGUGUUACCCGGCCAGUGAUUGCAUGUUCUGUGACAACAAAUGAGGGAAGUCAAUUGAAAUCUCAAAUACAACAACUAAAGGAUGCUAUUGAAAAGCUAUUAAUAUGA